CAAUGGGGAUGACGGAUGGAGCCAGGGCGGCGCCGCCAGCGGCCAAUGGAGAGAGCGGAUGGGCUGAGGCCGCAGUUAUCUGUCGUGAGGGAAAUGGCGGCGGCGGCUGGGCCUCCGGAGCUCUCUAGCGCCGUAUCUCGUUGUGUUCGCCCCCACAAUAUCGUCCCUCGCCUUCAACAGGGUCGCUACACGGGGCAUGGGCCCACCAGAGUCUCGCAGAUUCCAGAUUCCUUGCUCCGAGAGAGGGAUAAGAUUGCAAAAUGGAAUGGCAUCCCUCAUCUGGUGCAGAAAUUAUAUGAAAACAGCCAACCCAACAAUGAUGAUCUCUUGCUGUGCCAAGGAAUCUUAAAGGAGAUUGCUCCACUCCUCUCGAUGGAAGCAAUGGCAUUUGUGACGGAGGAUGGGAAAGGUGCCCAAGAAUCCAAAUUCCCCAACACGCACAUUUUCGAUAUUUUUGGUGGAGUAGAUCUUUUAGUUGAAAUCCUCAUGCGCCCAACACUUGCACCACAGAAAAAGAAGCAGAAAAUGAGUGAAGACUUGAUAAAGGAUUGCCUAAGUAUAUUAUACAACACUUGUAUCUGCACUGAUGGAGUAACGAAGCGCCUCUCAGAAAGGAAUGACUUUGUACUGUUCCUCUUCACACUCAUGACAAACAAGAAGACCUUUUUGCAAACAGCUACACUAAUAGAGGAUAUCUUGGGAGUUAAAAAGGAGAUGAUCCAAUUGGAGGAUAUUCCAAACCUUACAAAUCUGGUGGCUAGUUUUGACCAGCAGCAACUCGCGAAUUUCUGUCGGAUUCUUUCGGUGACUAUCUCUGAGCUGGACACGGGAAAUGAUGACAAACACACGCUGCUUGCCAAAAAUGCGGAGCAGAAGAAAGCGGCAGGACCUUCACGAGCAGAAAUCAACCAAGUCACCCUCUUGAAUAUUCCUGGUUUCAUCGAGCGAUUAUGUAAACUGGCAACGCGGAAGGUCUCUGAGACUGCAGGCACUUCAAACUUCUUGCAGGAACUCGAGGAAUGGUAUACCUGGCUAGACAAUGCACUAGUUCUCGAUGCUUUAAUGCACAUGGCCACUGAAGAGACUGACCAAAGCAGUAGCACAGAGUCAGCAGAUGAGAGUGUGUUGGCUGCCAGCCAGCUAAGAAGUCGGCUUCCACAGUCCAUGAAGAUCAUGCACGAGAUCAUGUAUAAAGUGGAAGUGUUGUAUGUGUUAUGUGUGCUGCUGAUGGGAAGGCAACGAAAUCAGGUGCACAAGAUGCUGGCAGAAUUUUGCCUUAUUCCUGGACUUAAUAAUCUGUUUGAUAAACUGAUUUGGAGGAAGCAUUCUAAUAAUCAUGUCCUGCAUGGGCAGAACCAAAUCUGUGACUGUAGUCCAGAGAUUUCCCUGAAAAUCCAAUUCCUAAGAUUGCUUCAGAGCUUCAGUGAUCAUCAUGAGAAUAAGUACCUCUUAUUGAACAGCCAGGAGCUGAAUGAACUUAGUCUCAUCUCACUCAGAGCCAAUAUACCAGAGGUGGAAGCAGUUGUCAACACUGACAGAAGUCUGAUCUGUGAUGGGAAGAAAGGACUUCUAACAAGGUUGUUACAGGUUAUGAAAAAGGAACCUGUUGAAUCCUCCUUCAGAUUCUGGCAGGCAAGAGCAGUUGAGAGCUUUCUGCGAGGAGUGACGUCUUAUGCUGAUCAGAUGUUUCUUUUGAAACGUGGUUUGCUGGAGCACAUUUUGUUCUGCAUUAUCGACAGUGAAUGCAAGUCGAGAGAUGUGUUGCAGAGUUACUUUGACCUCUUGGGCGAGCUGAUGAAAUUCAACAUUGAUGCCUUCAGGAGGUUUAAUAAGUAUGUAAACACAGAGGAGAAGUUUCAGAUAUUUUUGAAUCAGAUCAACAGUUCUUUAGUGGAUUCCAAUAUGUUGGUUCGCUGCAUAGUAUUGUCCUUGGAUCGAUUUGAGAGUCAAACAGAUGCUGUAAAAGUUGCAGAAGUCAUUUCCCAGUGCUGUCUACUGUCCUACAUGUCCCAUGUGGAAAACCAGCUCUCGUUCCUUUUCCGUCUAAUUAACAUUAUUCAAGUACAGACCCUCACGCAGGAAAAUGUCAGCUGCCUGAACACCAGCCUGGUGAUCCUGAUGCUAGCCAGACGUAAGGGCAAGCUACCAUUUUACCUGAAUGCCCUGCGGGGGAAAGAGCUUUCGGAGAAAUAUCCAGGGUUCCUACUCAACAAUUUCCACAACUUGCUCCGCUUUUGGCAAGAACAUUACCUCAACAAAGACAAGGACAGCACCUGUCUGGAAAAUAGCUCCUGCAUUCAUUUCAGUUACUGGAAAGAGACUGUUUCACUGCUGCUCCAUCCAGACCAGACUGCCCCGUGUGCAAUCAUUAGCUACAUUGAUAAAGCCUACAUGAGCGUUGAUAAAGACUUCAGUGAGGACUAAUGUAGGCCUUUUAGACCAACUGGACUGAUGCUUUGUCAAUCUGACGAUUCAGCACAAUACCAUGGCAUUCAGGUGUCUGUUUAUUCACAGCACACGCUGGGAGGUGCAAGAGCUGGUUGGUGAUUGGUGCAAAUGCUUUUAUUUUAACCAUGGACUGCUGCCUUUUGUCUUUGAUUACUAUCCUUUGGGCUUCUGAACCCAUCUGUUAUGCCUGUGGGAGGGUGAGAAAUGUUCUGUCACUGGAUACAAGUCAAAGCUGCCUACGAGCCAGCACUGCCUGGAUUAAAUGUAUAAAGGAAGGAGCACGUUUAACAUCGGAUUUUUCUUUAAUGUCCCAUUCUGAUUUGUUAUUUUAAACAUCUACUUCAAGUGUGUGUGAAUUGGCAACUUCCUGGUCAUGUUAAGAUGCAAGUGGCCAACAGAAUAGCUUUCAGUGUGAAACUCGAGUGCGAGUUUAAAAUGGGUAUAUUCCAUUCACAGUAAUAUUUUCAUGACUUUGUUAAAACUAAGUUGCAGUUA